GGCUUGCAAGGACGCUUCCCCCGGCUCUGGAAGCCAAUCCCUCCGGAUACCACGGACACUGAAGGGUAGAUCACAGAAGCCCGCCUUGAACCAGAAAACAGAGAGGAAACGGCCAGCCAAGGGGCCAUGGUAACUCGGCAGAGGUACUGGGGCUGCAGCGGGCGAGCCCUGCUUUGUCUGCUUCUGGGGUCUCUGUGGGAGACGGGGUCCGGGCAGAUCCGCUAUUCGGUGCCUGAGGAAACGGAGAAAGGCUCUUUCGUGGGGGACGUGGCCAAGGACCUGGGAUUGGAGCCCCGGGAGCUGUCGGAGCGCCGAGUCCGCAUUGUUUCCAGAGGUAGGACGCAGCAUUUCGCUUUAAAUGUCAGGGAUGGUAGCUUAGUCAUAGCAGACAGAAUAGACAGAGAGGAGAUUUGUGCCGGGCUUGCCAAAUGUGUUUUGACUCUGGAGAUUCUGGUAGAAGACAAAGUGAAGGUUUACGGUGUAGAAGUGGAAAUAAUCGAUGUGAAUGAUAACGCGCCCCGCUUCAAGGGAGAAGAAAUAGGAGUAAAAAUAAUUGAAAGUGCAACUUCAGGGAUGAGAUUUCCCCUACCGGAAGCUCAUGACCCGGACGUGGGGGCGAACUCCCUGCAGAGCUACCAGCUCAGCCCGAACGGGCACUUCACUCUGGUUGUGCAGAGCGGAGCGGACGGGACCAAGAGUGCGGAGCUUGUGCUGGAGAGGGUUCUGGAUAGGGAAGAAAAGGCUGUCCACCACCUCAUCCUCACGGCCUUGGACGGGGGAGAUCCGGUUCGCACGGGCACCGCGCGCAUCCAAGUGAUAGUUCUGGAUGCUAAUGACAACGCGCCGGUGUUUACUCAGUCUGUGUAUCAAGUGAAGGUCAGGGAGGAUGCGCCUAUGGGAACUCGGGUGGUCACGAUAAACGCUACAGACGCGGAUGAAGGUGCCAAUGCCGAAGUGAUCUAUUCUUUCUGGAAAAUAACAGAUCAAACUUCCCGAAUUUUCCGGCUAAACUCCACAACCGGAGUGGUGUCAAUGUCAGAAAAUCUAGAUUUUGAGGAAUCGGGAUCCUAUGAGAUGGAAGUUCAAGCUAAGGACAGUGCUGGGUUUUCGGCGAGAGCAAAGGUGCUGGUGAAGGUUGUGGAUGUGAAUGACAACACUCCGGAAAUCACCGUUACCUCGCUCACCAAUUCAAUCCCCGAGGGGUCUCCCACCGGGACGGCAAUUGCCCUUUUAAACGUGCACGAUCUAGAUUCCGGGGACAAUGGCCUUGUCACAUGUUCGAUUCCCGAUAAUCUCCCCUUUAAAUUGGAGAAAACGUAUGGAAAUUAUUAUAGUUUGGUGACCGAUAGAUCCCUGGACCGGGAACUGGUCUCGGAAUAUAACGUGACUGUGAAGGCCACAGACCGAGGGUCCCCGCCCCUGUCCGCGCACACUCAUAUCUCCCUGCAUGUGUCGGACACCAACGACAACCCUCCAGCCUUCGAGCAAACAGCCUAUUCCGUCUAUGUUCCCGAGAACAACCCCAGAGGCGCGUCCGUCUUCCGCGUGAUUGCCUGGGAUCCCGACAGCGAAGAGAACGCGCAAAUCACUUAUUCCAUGAGCGAAGGGCCCAGCCAGGGGCCGCUUCUGUCCUCCUACGUGUCCAUUAAUUCGGAGACCGGCGUCCUGUAUGCUCUGCGCUCCUUCGACUAUGAGCAGUUCCGGGAGCUGCAGCUGCUGGUCACCGCACGGGACGGCGGGAUCCCGGCCCUCAGCAGCAACGUGUCGGUGAUUCUGCUGGUCCUGGACGAGAACGACAACGCCCCGGAGAUCCUGUACCCGUCCUUUCCCACCGACGGCUCCACCGGGGUGGAGUUGGCUCCGCGCUCGGCUGAGCCGGGAUACCUGGUGACCAAAGUGGUAGCGGUGGAUGGUGAUUCAGGCCAGAACGCCUGGUUGUCCUACCGCCUGCUCAAGGCCACAGAGCCGGGCCUCUUCUCGGUGGGGCUGCACACGGGCGAGAUCAGGACGGCCCGGAACUUUCUGGACAAGGAUGCCCUCAAGCAGAGCCUCGUGGUGGUGGUCAGGGACAACGGGGAGCCUCCUCUCUCUGCCACCGUCACAGUCACGGUGGCCGUGGCCGACAGCAUCCCCGAGAUCCUGUCGGAUCUGAGCAGCCUCUCGACCCCGCCAGACCCCGAGUCCAGCCUCACGCUGUACCUGGUGGUCGCGGUGGCCGCCGUGUCCUGCCUGUUCUUGGCCUUCAUUAUCGUGCUGUUGGCCCUGAGGCUCCGCAGGUGGCGAGCUGCGCGGCUGCUGGAGUCGUCGAGCGGGUAUCUCGGGGGCGUCCCGGCCUCGCACUUUGUGGGCAUCGAUGGAGUCCGAGCUUUCCUCCAGACUUAUUCCCAAGAGGUGUCCCUGACCACAGACUCCCGGAAAAGCCAGUUGCUCUAUCCACAGCCCAAUUACUCUGACACUCUGACUAGCCAGCGGACUUGUGAGAAAAAGGAGCCUUUUUUAGUGCCUGAGGAUUUGAACAUGGUCAAAGAUGACCAGUAUGUCCUGCAGGUAAGUUUCAUCCUCUAA